CUGACACUCGCUUUGUUACCACCACCACCGCCAAAUCGUCCUCCACCACCCUUCCCCGUCCUUUUCUUGUUGCCGUGGCCGCCUAUUCUGUCGCUAUCGCAGCCGAGAGCUUCUCAACAGCCAAACACAAAUCCCGUCCCAAACCUACGCAUUGACUCCAAGACCUGCGAGCAUCAUCGCCCUCUCGUCCCGAAUAAGUGCCGCCGUAAUAGUUGCGAUUAGGCGCGGUGUGGUGGUGGUCUGCAGAGCACUCCUGCUGCUCUCCUCCGUGCGACAACAUUUCUCACUUGGGCGCAGGAGAAGGGCGCCAUGCCAUCGUUUCUGAAAGAGCAUUUGAGCUUCAGACGGCGCAGCAGACCGUCGAUCAGAGACUCUUCCAGCGCACGUGCAAAUGCAAGCGCCAGUGCCAGUGCCAGCGCCAGUGUGAGUGCCAGCGGUAGCAGCUCCGAAGCCAGCAACGAUGAACCGCACCUCGGACGACCUUCACACGCACUGAGCAAGUCGUCCUCCACACUCAACUCCAACCUGGAAAACAAGCAGUCGCCGCCCACCACGCUGUCGUCGUCGAAAUCUAACACGAACUUGUCCGUCUAUGGCGUCAAUGGCAAAGCACCUCCCGUGCCUCCGCGGCCUCAGAUGCCCAGCUCGCAGAGCAACCGCUACAGCAUAAGUGGAAUGCCAGUGCAGAACGGGGAACGACCGACACCGUCGACUUCUCCGCUUGCGCCUCGCGUACUAUCCGUCUCCGAUGGCUCCUGGGUUCACCAAAAGGUGCUCCUCAUCUUCGGGCAGUGCGCCGAGCCAUCACAGCCCAUUGACGGCACCAUCACCGUCUGCCACCACAACGACAACUUUCCGCCCAUCUCGUGGCCCGUGUGCGACUCCCACUUCAAAGUACUGGUCCACCUCCAACCAGGACCCAACCGAUUGCGCCUCGACUUCACCUCGCCGAAAUUACCUCCUACAAACUCGUCGAUCCCCGCUCAUUCGUCAUGGAUCAACAUCAACUACCUCCCUCUCAACUCGGCGCCACCGCUGCAGCUAUGCAUUCUUGUCGCCAAGGACAGCCCGGGAACGUACGACGCAGUGCCAGAGCGUGUGGAAAAAGAAGGCAAUAAUAUACCGACGGCCAUCAGGAAGUUCAAAAUGGCGGCAUAUCUGUGGCAAGCCUUCACAGCAGAACAGAUGAAUCGCAAUGGUUUCGGCAGGAGAUGCUACAGAUAUGAAGACGAGUGGCAGCCGGGAUCGCUGACGUGGAAAGACAUGGAGACCGGGCAAAUGCGCAACGAGGCCAAAGUCCACGUUAUUCGCCUGGACAAAACGGUCGCUGAGAUCCAAGAUCUGGAAAUUGCGCAGCAAUACGAGCCAGCGAAGAAGAAGGGUGAUCUAUAUGGGUAUGCCAUGGAUGCCGUGAGAGAGUAUUUUGGACCUCGGCCCGGACAAACACGAUAUGUCUCGUGCAUGUUCCUGGAUUCUCACUGGGACAAGCAGAUUGGUACCGUUCGAGGACAUGCUGCGCUUGGAGGUGGCGACGAGUCGAUCAAGCUGGCCAUAUUUGGAUCGCACUGCCUGCAGUCAUAUCCCGCCCAUCUGGAAGAAGUUGUUCCCGCCUUUUCAGACUGCACGAGGACUGAUACCAACUACGUGGCUAACGACUGUAAUGAGGGAGGCAGCAAUUGGGAAUCUGCAAACAUUGGCAUUGGUGCGCACAUGCAUGAAACUGGCCAUCUACUCGGAUGUCCUCAUCAGGAAUCUGGUGUUAUGUUGCGCGAUUACACCAAGCUCAAUCGAACCUUUUUAUGCAGAGAGCCGUAUUCAACGAGAACGAAACAGCAAGGCCAAAAGCUAUGCCUGCCCAAAGACGAAUGUACUUGGCACAGGCUUGAUACACUACGGUUUCGAUACCAUCCAACCUUCCAGCUGCCAACUGACCAGGUCAUGAAUGCGGAUAGAAGUGUGCAAGUAUGGACUGUCGACAACAAUACCGUGCUUGUUACUGCCGCUACUGGUGUGGCAUGGAUCGAAAUCUAUCCCGAGGGGGAUGAAGUGUGCCAUUACUUUGUCGAAUAUGUGGAACCCAGCAGCGGACCUAGCAGCGCACCCCGGGUGGUAACGUUGACCGAGAAGAGUAUCCAGGAUCAGCUUCCCAGUGAGAAGCGCAAACGAAAGAUCAAUCUGAAGGUCUUCAGCUGUGGAGGCGCUGAGCUUGAGGUGAAGGACUUCUCUCGGCUCUGCUCAAAGGAGGCCAGAAUCAAGCUGCCAGACGGCAGACCGGGAUUCAAAGGCUCGAAACUCGGAUUCAGCCAGAUGGACGGCUCUAACCCGCAGCAACUCAUCCUGGGCAACUUUCACAAACAGGGAAAGUUCGACCAGAAGAAGCUUUUGAUGACUAUCAAAGUGUAUCAUGGUGACAUGGUGGAUGGUUUAGAGUUUUUCUAUGAAGAUGGAGUGAGUGAGCUCUUUGGAAAGCGAGGCGGCCGACCCGGUGGAAGCGAUUUCGCGCUCAACUUUCAGCGUGGAGAGAUGCUUUUGGGCUUCUAUGUGAGAGCGGGCGCUUGGAUUGAUGGCCUACAGAUUAUGACGACUACUGGGCGGCGUAGUGAGAUUUAUGGAAAGGCGACUGGCGGUUCAGGACACACGUUGAUCCCUCCGCGAGGAUACAACAUUGCUGGUAUCUACGGCAGUUGCGGGCACUGGCUAGACGGAUUUGGCCUCAUCAUAUCGAAAUGAAGGAACAGCAAGGAUUCAGCGGCGACAGACCCGUUUGAGCACACGCCCAGCGGCACAGUCCGCGACAUCGAAUUGCGAGGGCACCGGCAAUUCAGAGCCGGAUGGCCCAUCGACAGACACAUCGCCAUUGCUUCUCGGCGAAAUUCGCAUAUACAACCACAACACCUAAUUCUGCCGAUGGCAGCAGGACUGCAUACAUGGACAUGGCAGGAGAUGGGGGUUUCGGCAUGACAUGUCCCUUGGGGACCGCUGAUAGACACAUUUGCGUGCCUGAGAGGCGCGACAGGAAUAAAGAAAUGUAUUUGCCUUUUGGGAAGUGCACCCAAGACAGCCUCGGCAUAGAGAGGAAAUGUCUCUUUUUCUUUUUGGGGGAGGGAGGCACUUUUGAGAAUAGGCUAGAUCAUGACCUUGAUUAUUUCCCAUUCCCUCGGGCGGUUGGGGCAAGGAACCUAGGUUUGCCAUAGAGAAAUGUAAUGGGGAACGUAAACACAAGAAAUGCAAGGCCGUCACUUGCCUUUUC